GAGAUUACCGCACGAUUUUAACACACGAGCACCGAAGGGCGUCUGUAGUUUUUAUAUCGUGCACCCACCGGAGUCAUUUUAUCGAACACCUGAAGCGCAAUGGCCGCGACACCCCAAGCCGUUUCGCACGUUCUUCCUCUUCAACCGUUCCCGCCAUAUCCUCUGCCCACUCCGUCGCCCAGCAGGACCGGAGCCAGGCAUCGACGAGGAGAGUCGUUCAUAGCUUGCUCCAAGGGACUUCGCGGGAGCCACGACGAUUACCACGCGACGCUCAGAGCUCUCAACUCCAAAGGGCGCACCCCGAGGAAAUCCCUCGGCCAGCAUUACAUGUUAAACAAUGACAUCAAUGAGCAGCUCGUGAAUGCUGCCGGUGUCAAAGAAGGAGAUGUGGUGCUGGAAAUUGGUCCGGGAACUGGUUCUCUCACUAAUGUUCUUAUUCAUGCCGGUGCCACCGUUCUUGGAAUUGAAAAGGAUCCAUAUAUGGCUUCUAUUGUGACUGAAAGAUUUGCUGAGACAAACCGGCUAAAGGUCUUGCGAGAAGAUUUCGUCAAAUGUCACAUUCAUUCCCACAUGUCAUCAUUUUUGGCUAGCAUAGUCUCAGACAUGAAACCAAGAUAUGCAAAAGUCGUCUCCAAUAUACCCUUUAACAUAAGCACAGAUGUUGUCAAGCAGAUUCUUCCUAUGGGUGACAUUUUUUCUGAAGUUGUUCUCCUACUUCAGGAGGAGACAGCUGUCAGGCUGGUGGUUUCAGCUCUACGAACAUCUGAAUACCGACCCAUUAAUAUCUUUGUCAAUUUUUAUUCAGUUCCUGAAUACAAAUUUAACGUUCCAAGGACAAACUUCUUUCCUCAGCCUAAUGUCGAUGCAGCAGUUGUGAAGUUUAGGUUGAAAAAAACUGCUGACUACCCACCAGUUUCCUCCACUCGGAGUUUCUUCUCAAUGGUGAACUCGGCAUUCAAUGGAAAGCGAAAGAUGCUGCGGAAGUCUCUCCAGCAUCUGUGCACAGCUGUUGAGAUUGAAAAGGCUCUCGAAGAAGUUGGUCUUCCAGCAACAUCAAGACCAGGGGAGCUUACGCUGGAUGAUUUCGUGAAGUUGCAUAACUUGAUGGUGAAAGACUAGUACAUCCAAGUAUCUUCUUGGAGGGGCCAGAGGGAAGUCCCUCGUUUUGUGAUUGAGCCAUGAUAAUGGAUACUUUAGAAAGAGUCGCUCGAUACGUGAUUGAGCCAUGGAGAUGGAAACUUUAGAAAGAUCUUAAUCAUAUCCACGGGCAUCAUAGAUGUUUUCAAUUGGGAAUUCAUCAUUAGGAGUGGCAUCAGAUGGAAAGACGGAAGUGAAUUCCCACAAGUGCACCGGUGCCGUGAAACUGUCCACGCCAGAGGUUGUCUGAAUCAUGAAUUCAUGAUAUAGGCCCAUCAACCGUGUACAUGCCUCGUGAAUGAAAUGUGUGUACAGUUGUCUUGUCUGUAUAGAAAGGACAGUACUUUGAGAUUUUGUGAAAAGAAAUGGAUCUUAGCAAAGAAGUGAGUUCAGGAA